CAGUAGUCCAGUCUAAUCCCUCCCGCCCCGAUCAAUAACCAAAUUAACCAAUACAAUUUGCAGAGAGAGAGAGAGAGAGAGAGAGAGAGAGAGAUGGGAGAAGAGGUAGAAUCCGUGGGGCAUCGAGUAUCGGCUGCAGCUCCUUUAACCUUCACGAUUGUCAUCACCUUUCAGCUCCUUUCCGGGUGGCUCGAACGCUUAAAGAAGAGAGGAUCCACUAAUGCUACAGUAAUCCAGUUUCGUGGAGAGAUAAAGCAACUCUUGAAAGAGGCGAGCUCCUUGUCACAGCCAUCCACAUUUGCACAAGCUGCGAAACUUAGGAGGUUAGCAGCUGCCAAGGAGAAGGAACUUGCAAACUAUCAAGAAUCACAUAGCAAGGAAAUGAAAAUGUCAUAUGAUUUGUAUCUGAAAGUUCUGUUUCUUUUCAAGGUUUUGACAUAUUUUGUGCUCAUUUGCUGGUUUUGGAGGGUUCCUGUUGCCACCAUAUCUCAGCGACUUGUGCAACCCUUUGGGAAAUUGCUAUCUUGGAGGACAGGAGGCACUUUAAACAACCAUGUUAUGGUUGGGAUAAUACCCUGGUUAAUAUUAUCUACCAGGGUGAGCAAAUUUGUUUGUCGACUCCUCAAGUAGAAAAAAGAUUAUGGUGCUUAUUAACUUCUCAUCAGAAAAUGUGUGAUUUCUGUUUUCUGAAUUUCAAGGAAGAAAAAAACUUUUGCAAUCAAUUCCUGUAACAAUCUACAUUAUUUUGUUUUUAUUUAUUUGGCCUGCAUGUAAGUUUAGAUAAUGGAGUACAACAACAACAACAACAACAAGCCUUAGUCUGAAGUUUUUGGUUAGAAAAUUUGCCUAUUUUAAAACACAUUUCUUAUAUUAGUAAAAGAAAUUCGAAGUACCAGAUUUUGAUGU